UAUUUUUCCCAUUGAAGCUUUUCACUUUUACGCUGCACCUCUCUCUCUUUCUCUGUCCUCCCCCCCCCCUCUCUCUCCUCCAUUAAAGCGUACUCUGAGUUCUCCAUUGAAGCGGCUUCAGAGGUUUCUCUCCUCCAUUGAAGCAGCUUCUCAGGUUAUUGUGGAGAUUCAACAUUACUUAAUCUGCUGGAAACACCUUUGUAAAGAAGCAUGUUUGGUUCAAGUAGCCCUUUUGGGCAGUCACCUAGUGCAUCCUUUGGAUCUCAGUCACCUUUUGGGCAAAGCAAUCCAACCAGUAAUCCUUUUGCUGCUAAUCCUUUUGGUGCUGCUAAUCCUUUCGGUGCACAGACAGGAGUUUCAAUGUUUGGUAGCACCUCAACUGGUGUUUUCGGUCAAUCAUCAUCACCACUGUCUUCAACACCGGUGUUUGGUGCAGCUUCAUCACCAGCAUUUGGGAGUUCCAAUCCGGCUUUUGGAAGCUCAUCAUCAUCCUUUGGAGGGUCAUCUGUGUUUGGGCAGAAGCCUGCUUUUGGAGGUUUUGGUGCUGGUGCUCAAACAAGUCCAUUUGGAAGCUCAUUUCAACAAUCACAGCCUUCAUUUGGCAGUAAUGUAUUUGGUGCUUCUUCAUCACCAUUUGGUGCACAAAGCCAACCUGCAUUUGGUGGUACUAGCUCCCCUGCCUUUGGAUCAACUACAGCAUCAUUUGGCGCUACAAGUUCCCCCGCUUUUGGAGCUACCAGCACCCCUGCCUUUGGCUCAACACCUAGUCCAACUUUUGGAAGCACAGGAACUGCCUUUGGUGUGUCAAGUUCGCCUGCUUUUGGGUCAGGAGGAGCAUUUGGGUCUUCCAGCACUCCUGUCUUUGGCGCUGGCGGCACCUCUGCAUUUGGUGGCGCUACCACCCAAGCAUUUGGUGCUGCUACAACUCCAACCUUUGGGGCUACUCCUAACUCUUCAGCCUUUGGUGCUGCUCCUUCUUCAGCUUUUGGGGCUAGUACUAGCACUCCAGCAUUUGGCGCGGCAACUUCCAGUUCCCCAUCUUUUAAUUUUGGCUCCAGCCCUGCCUUUGGUCAAACUACAUCUACUUUUGGAAGCUCCGGUUUCGGGUCUACACCAUCUUCUUCUCCAUUUGGAGCGUCAACUUCCACUACUUUUGGUGGUGGCUUUGGGCAGUCAAAUUUGGGAGGAAGUAGAGUUGCUUCCUACACACCAACUUUAGAAGCUGAUGCAUCCGGUACCCAAGCUGGAAAGUUGGAAUCAAUAUCUGCCAUGCCAGUUUAUAAAGACAAAAGCCAUGAAGAGCUGAGAUGGGAGGAUUACCAGCGUGGUGAUAAAGGUGGUCCUGCUCCUGCUGGUCAAUCUACUCCAGGGAUGAACUUUGGCAUGUCUACUCCAGCGCCGACACAAACACCAACACAGUCAAGCCCCUUUUCAACCCCAGCGUUUGGACAGACGUCAUCAAACCCUUUUUCAACAUCUGUACAAGCAAAUCCAUUUGCUUCAAAACCUUCUGGUUUUGGAACUACUACCUCAACAUUUGGUUCCUCACCUUUUGGCUCUAACACAACACCUGUUUUUGGGUCAACUCCAGCAUCAACACCUUCCUUGUUUGGAUCAUCGACUCCAGGCUUUGGUUCAGGCACUUCCCCUUCUCUUUUUAGUGGAAUGUCUUCCGCAAUUGGAUCUACAUCUACAUUUAAUUCUGCACCUACUCAAGGUGCUCCUGCAGCAUUUGGUUCCACUUUUGGGAAUUCUCAGCCAUCUUCCCUGUUUCAGCCAUCUUCCUCACUUGGAACAGGAACUACUUUUGGGCAAACUAGUUCCUCCAUUGGACAGAGUCCUAACUUCGGACAAAAUAUGUUUAAUAGUUCAUCAUCUGCCUUUGGGUCAAAUGUAUUUUCAAGCACCACAAGCAACCAGUUUAAUUUUUCUCAAAGCACUCCCUCUCUUUCAUCUCCCUUUCAAUCCAGUCUUCCUACACAGACAACUAGUACUUUUAACUUGAGCACCUUUGGUCAGGCGCCAGCAGGUGUGGGCAGUGGCUUUGGUGGAUCUGGCAUGUUUGCACAGAAUCCUGGACAGCUAUCUUCAAACCAGAUAUCUGCAGUUGCCCAACCAGUUGCAGUCACAAAUCCUUUUGGGACCCUUCCAGCUAUGCCUCAUAUGUCAAUUGGAAAUACUGGAACCUCACCAUCCAUUCAAUAUGGGAUCUCUAGCAUGCCUGUUGUUGAUAAACCUACCCCUGUCAGAAUAUCAUCCUUUUUAACGUCACGACAUUUGUCUCAGAGGCGGAUCAGGCUACCCGCAAGGAAAUAUCAUCCUAAGAAUGAUGGUUCAAGGGUUCCUUUCUUCAGUGAUGAUGAUGAGGCGCCUAGCACUCCUAAGGCAGAUGCUCUAUUUGUUCCCAGGGAAAACCCAAGAGCAUUGAUCAUUCGGCCGAUUGAUCAAUGGCCAAAAUCUUCAAUGAAGGAAGCGUGUGUCUUGGUGCAUGAAAAUGGUAAUACACCAAAUGAGAAUGAGCAUCUUGAGAAUGGAUCCCUUGCUGAAGGGAAUGGUAGCAUGCCCAAUGGAAAUGGAUUGAUUAAGGAACGAAGUCAUCCUGUUAGAAUCAGCCAGAAACCCGGUGCUACCUCUGAUGAUGCUUCAAACCAUAAAGGAGAUUCUUAUAUUACACUUUCAGGUCACAGAGCUGGUGAGGCGGCUAUAGUAUAUGAGCAUGGGGCUGAUAUUGAGGCAAUGAUGCCUAAACUUCGGCACUCCGAUUAUUACACAGAGCCCCGUAUUCAAGAGCUGGCUGCUAAAGAAAGGGCUGAACCAGGGUUCUGCAGACAUGUCAAGGAUUUUGUUGUGGGACGACAUGGUUAUGGAAGCAUUAGAUUCCUGGGGGAAACUGAUGUAAGGCGGCUUGAUCUCGAGACGCUUAUCCAAUUCAACAAUCGAGAGGUAAUCGUCUAUAUGGAUGAUAGCAAGAAACCCCCAGUAGGUCAAGGUCUUAACAAGUCUGCUGAGGUUACCCUUCUUAACAUCAAGUGCUUUGACAAGAAGACUGGUAAUCAAAUCUUAGAAGGACCGAGGAUUGAGAAAUACAAGGAAAUGCUGAAGAAGAAAGCAGAGGAUCAAGGUGCUGAAUUUUUGUCCUACGACCCUAUUAAAGGAGAGUGGAAAUUUAGGGUCAGCCACUUCAGCAAAUAUGUGCUUUAUGACGAUGACCAAUGGGAUAUUGCUUGACAGUCACUGUUUUUCCUUUAAAUUAGCAGCAGAUGUUAUAUGUACCUGGUUGCUGCAAGUUUUCUGCUGGCAGGUCCUUUGUUGCGAUCUUUCAUUUGGUUUGUUUUUUAUGGGUUUUGUAUAUGCACCAAUUAUUUUUGGUUCUACUGCCAUCUUAUGGUGGAAAAUUGUAUUGUAAUUUUAAUUUUCAAUUUUGGUGAUGGAAGUAUGGAACGUUUGGAACUAGUUAAAAUUUAGAAAAUUAGUUCUUCCCGGCCUCCUGGGGUUCUGUUCUCUUGGCCAACGGCCAACGCUAUGUCUAUAAUUUCUCAUAUAAUUGGUUUAAAUCUGAAGGAAAAGUCUUAUUAGGUA